AUGUCGAAGAGAUACACAGGGGUGUUGGAGAGGCUCCCGCAGCAUUUCCGGGACUUCUUCAUGAGAAGAGCCGACCAAUCGCAGAUCCCGGCGUUCCGCUCGCAGGGAAAAUACAUUCCCGAGGAAAAAAGAUACAGCAGGCCCGAGCAGUGGAAAGUGCUUGAAGGAGACCGGGUGAUGUUUGUGAAAGGCCCCAACAAGGGAAAAAUCGGUAAAGUGCUAGGAUUGCAACCGUUCACCAACAGCAUAUACACGGACAUUGCCGAGACAGAGCCGCUUGCUGUUCCUAGACAGCUCUGGCAGGAGGAUCAGAACGAGUAUCUUAUCGACUACCCCAAGACGGUUUCUCCGGACGAUGUCAGAGUGGUGGCGACGCUUGUGAGAGAGGACGGCACCGAGUACGAUAUAGCGGCCGAGGACGUCAUUUUCAAGGGCAAGUAUUUCGACGAGGACUACAAGAAAAUGAUGCCCAUUCGGAGAGUGAAAUACCAUGAACACAUAAUCAUUCCAUGGCCCAGACCCGAUCCUGCAGAAGACUGUGUCUUUUCGACUCCACCAGAGGUGGCUGAAGAGAGAUCACAUGUUGAAAACUCGAUUCUCCAGUUCGAACAACCGGCAGACUUCACCAUCCAGUCGCUCAGAGACCCUAUUAUGAAGAGACCGUACAAAUGGGACAAGCAGGUGUUGAAGAAGGGAGACAUCACCAAGCUGACAGCUCCUGGAAUCCCAUACAGCGAGACCAAGAAGGCCAUGUUCGAGGAGAGAAGACAGAUCAGAGAGUCUCAGAUCACCGAGAUGUCUGCGGAAGUGAUGGAGUUCAUUGGUUCGAGAGUUGCUGAGCAUCUCAACAAUGUGACCGAUCCUAACUUCAAACAGUACGUCGACAAAGUGUCGGGACAAUACAGAAAGCAGAAACUGGCAAGAAGAGAGAAGGAGAAGCAGCUCCUUGACUUGCAGAUAAAAGAGGCCGAAAAACGCAACAAACGAGUUACAAGAGCCAGCGCUCAAUAG